CUGCAGAAACGGCGCGGCUGUUCCCACAAAGCGUGGCUAGCGGAGCGCCAUGAGCAGAGCACCCAGCGAUCUCAAGCUCAGGCUGGCCCGGGCUGGGCAGGAGCACCUGCUGCGGUUCUGGGAUGAGCUGGAAGAGGCCCAGCGGGCGGAGCUCUGUGCGGAGCUCCAGGCCAUGGACUUCGAGGAGCUGAGCAUCUUUUUCCAGAAGGCCACCGAAGGAGUCCACCAGUUCUCUCAGCUGGAGAAGGUGGAUGCGCGGAUGGAGCCUAUCCCUCGGGAAGUGCUGGGCAGCGCUACGCGGGAUCAAGAUCAGCUCCAGGCCUGGGAAAGUGAAGGACUUUUCCAGAUUUCUCAGAACAAAGUGGCUGUUCUUCUUCUAGCUGGCGGACAAGGGACAAGACUUGGUGUCUCGUAUCCCAAGGGGAUGUACGAUGUUGGGUUGCCAUCUCAUAAGACACUUUUUCAGAUUCAAGCAGAGCGGAUCCUGAAGCUUCAGCAGUUAGCUGAAAAAUACCAUGGCAACAAGUGCACCAUCCCGUGGUAUAUAAUGACGAGCGGCAGAACAGUGGAGUCCACAGAGGAAUCCUUCACCAGACACAAGUACUUCGGUUUGAAAAAGGAGAAUGUGAUCUUUUUUCAGCAGGGAAUGCUACCAGCCAUGAGUUUUGAUGGGAAAAUUAUUUUGGAAGAGAAGAAUAAGGUUUCUAUGGCUCCAGAUGGAAACGGUGGUCUUUACCGGGCUCUUGCGGCCCAGAACCUCGUGGAGGAUAUGGAGCAGAGAGGCGUCGAGAGUGUUCACGUGUACUGCGUCGACAACAUUCUGGUCAGAGUGGCGGACCCCCGGUUCAUCGGAUUCUGCAUUCACAAGGGAGCAGACUGUGGGGCGAAGGUGGUGGAGAAGACGAACCCCACGGAGCCGGUGGGCGUGGUGUGCCGGGUGGACGGCGUGUACCGCGUGGUGGAGUACAGCGAGAUCUCCCUGGCCACCGCGCAGCGGCGGGGCCCCGACGGGCGGCUGCUGUUCAGCGCGGGCAACAUCGCCAACCACUUCUUCACCGUGCGGUUCCUGAGAGACGUGGUCAGUGUUUAUGAACCUCAGUUGCAGCACCAUGUGGCUCAAAAGAAGAUUCCAUUUGUGGAUCCCCAGGGGCAGUUAAUUAAGCCAGACAAACCAAAUGGAAUAAAGAUGGAAAAGUUCGUCUUCGACAUCUUCCAGUUUGCAAAGAAGUUCGUGGUGUAUGAGGUGUUACGGGAAGACGAGUUCUCCCCACUCAAGAACGCGGACAGUCACAGUGGCAAGGACAACCCCACCACGGCCAGGCACGCUCUGCUGUCCCUUCACCACCGCUGGGUGCUCAACGCGGGGGGCCACUUCGUAGACGGAAAUGGCUCCCGCCUGCCCGCGAUUCCCUGCAGUGCUGCAAAUGGAAGGGCGGAGACCGUCACAGCCGAUGCCAAUCACAACUUGAAGGAUGCCCACGACGUCCCUAUCCAGUGCGAGAUCUCCCCUCUCGUCUCCUACGCCGGAGAGGGACUAGAAAGUUACGUGGCCGGCAAAGAAUUCCACGCGCCUUUAAUCAUUGGCGAGAAUGGCGUCUGUGAGCUGGUGAAGGACGGCGUAUGAGCCAGGUGCCAAGUUCCCCGCAGCGAGAGCAGCGCUUACGUGUGACAGACCAACUGUGAGCCUCCAGGCCCCUCCUGAGGCUACUCAAGUUCGAAUGUCCACGAGUCUCCUUCUGCCUGUCGAACUCUCCUAACUACUACGUAGCCCCUGAGAAGCAGCGGCCUGAACUGCAGAGAGCACCGUUAAGGUUCUCAACUCACUGACGGUCUUAUUUAUAGUUUUCAGUUGUAUAAAAUUUUCCCCAGGCCAAGGACAGCAGUGCCACCCACGCAGUUCCCUGCAGCGUGAGGGUGGCCAGGCGUGCGCCCGCCCUUCGCCUGGGGCUAGAAGCUUGUCUUCAGAGUUCUUCGGGGUGACAGUACGCCCUUGUACAUGUCAGAAGGUUUCUGCGAUACUACAAGUUUGUUUUAUUUUAUCAAAAGUAAGCUUUUUCAAGAAAAUAAUUGGACAGUAAAAUAAACUUUUCUUUUUGUC